AUGAUUCGAGCCGCAACCCCGACCCUCUUCCACCGAUCUCCCCCUCCACCUCCCCUUCCUUCCUCAUCUACCCUCUCCGUCUCCCUCGCCAUGGCCACGCACGACAAAACCCGCACGCCGCCGCCGGCAUCGACCUCCUCCGCCGAGCCGGAGCGGAGCGGAGGCGGGAGCGGGGCGCCGCGGCGCGUGGUGUGCGGCGGCGGCGUGAUCGGGGCGUGCACGGCGUACUUCCUCUCCCAGAAGGCGGCGGAGGUCGCGGUGACGGUGGUGGAGCGCUCCUCCCCCGCCUGCGCCGCGUCCGGCAAGGCCGGGGGCUUCCUCGCCCUCGACCGGUGCGACUCCGCCCCUUCCGCCUCCUGCGCCGCCUCCGCCCCUCACACCGCUCCCUCUCCUGCCUCCCGACGGCCCCUCUCCUACGGCUACCCCCCUCCACACCUCUCCCUCCCCCUCCUCUCCCCCUGCCCUCCUCGCCCCUCCCCCUCCCUCACUGUUUUUCUCCCCUCCUGGAUAGACGGCGCCGCCGCCGCGGGCCCCCCGCGGACGCUCGGGACGCCGGAGACCACGGCGCAGGUGCACCCGCGCCUCUUCACCGCCGCGCUCCUCGCCGCGUCCGGGGCCGAGGUCGUCGUCGCCGAGGCCGAGCGCGUCGUGGUGGCGGACGAGGGCCGCGCCGUGGGCGUCGCCCUCCGCGGGAGGGACGACCCCAUCCCCGCCGACGCCGUGGUGCUCGCUCUCGGGCCUUGGACGGCGCGCCUGGGGCUCGUCGCCUCGCUCUUCGACGUGUCCGGGAUCAAGGCGCACAGCAUCGUGCUGCGCCCCAAGGAUCCCUCCGCCGUUACCCCGCACGCGCUCUUCCUCAGCUACCGCCCGGAGCCCGGCGCCAAGCUCCUGGACCCCGAGGUUUACCCUCGACCCACAGGAGAAGUGUACAUUUGCGGGAUGUCGAAGGACGCAGAGGUCCCUGACAACCCUGAGGAGAUCGUCGGGGAGAGUGAGUCGAUCGAGAUGCUACACAAGAUAGCGGGGAUGGUUUCGAGCCAUCUAAAGAAGGGGGAGACCGCGGAGGUGGUCGCCGAGCAGGCCUGCUUCCUGCCCUGCACUGAAGACGGGUUGCCAGUCAUCGGCGAGAUCCCGGGCGUGAAGAACUGCUACGUCGCGACGGGGCACAGCUGCUGGGGCAUUCUCAAUGGCCCCGCGACCGGAGCCGCCUUGGCGGAGCUCAUAUUGGAAGGGCGAUCCACCACCGUCGAUCUCAAGUCAUUCAGUCCUUCCAGAUUCCUAAGGAAAAAAAGAACCAUUGUGUGACAAAAAUUGUAUGAAUUUGAAGGGUUUGAUCGGCUUGCUUGAUGGUAUCAAGUACAUGUGUUCGUUUGAUGUAAUAUAUUUUGAUUAGUAAUUGAGGAUAAAAUGGUUGUUUAUGUUAGAUCUCUACAUCUUUACCAUGUUUAUGUUCAACCCUGACGUGUUACAACCAAUAAUAUGCUGCUGAUGUAGUUUUUGUUA